AUACAUAAUAAUAAUCGAGGCUACGUUGUUCCAGGCCUAUGUGUUAUAAAAAUGCAUUGAAUAAGAAAUCUAUUCUGUAUCUAGUCCGUGGGUGCACAUUCAUACCUUUUCGUUAACAUUUUCGUAUCUUAAGAAAGAUUGUCACACUUCGCAAUAUAUUUUAUUUAUGGACAGUGACUGAAGCGCAAUAUCGGCAUUAGAGCUGAUUCAUUUAAUUGUUUACAGGAAUGAAGAUUAAAAGUAAUACGUUGUAGCAAUACGUAUCACUGACGAAAAAAGUAUUAGUAAUUAAUUUUUAAGUAUGGGAUGUUGUUACAGUUUCUGUAAAGAAGACAGCGGUCCACAGAGUGGAGAAGUAAAUGAAAGGACACAUUUGUUAGUGGAUCCUGUUAGUAAUAACACAAAUAUAUCUAGAGUACAUAGUGAUGAUUAUGUUAACCAAUAUGCAAGUUCAGUACCCAAAAAAACAGAUGAACAAAGUGCAUUAAAUAGAAUUUUACAUGAAACAGCUGCUAAUGUGAUAGAUGUUGGAGCAUUAGAUUCGCACAAUUUAGAACAGCAUGAAUAUAUGGAUAGGUCACGUGCAUAUUCAAAACGUAUAGAAGCUGGAGGUAUUAAAGUCCCUGAUAGUACAUCUUGUCUACUUAAAGAUGUCCCUGCUCCAGAAAAAAUAUUAGCAGCAGAUCCUCUUGCAGCUGGAGAUCAUGGGCUGAUUACAGAAAUGCUCAAUAAGGCUGUGACAGCAUUAGAAGAUGUAAAUGUUGAACAUAAGGAAGAUUUAGUAGUUCCUUUCUUAUCGUGAUCUUUUGGCAUUUCCUCAGCAAGAUUAUAUCCUGCUUGAGUGAAAUCAUUGUACUAUGUGACAUUAAAAAACAUGUCUUUUCAAAAUCAAUUUUCAAAUAAGUUAAUCUGAAUUUACUUCAGAUUUUACUUGAAUAUGAAUAUUGAUUAUGCAUUAUAAUAUGAUGUAUAAAUGAAAGUACAGGUACUAUUUCUUAAUAACAUGUUAAAGUGGCUUGACAGUUUCUGAAUAUACGAAAUUGUUUUAAAAUGUUACAAAUUAAGAUAUUUCCAAACGACCAGUUUUUAAUGAAAGAGCUGAAUUUGGUAGUGCUUUUCCAUAACUUAUAUAUAAUACUGUAAAAAGUUAAAA